GUGUUGAAAGGAUUCAUCAAAGCCGAACUCCUACGCUUCCUCGCUGCGUCAACGUAUGAAGAAGGCUUCGCUAAGGCCAAGCGCUCCUUCUGGCACCACCUACGCGCACGAGGUUAUCCCCCCUAUGUCCUAUCAAAAUGGUUUAAGCAGGUGACCUGGGGAGAUCGAUCAUCCAUUCUCGUCGGGCGACGAAAGGAGCAGAUCGUCCCUCCCCUCAUACUGCCUAGCCAUUACAAUAGCGUUUGGGAUGAAAUCCUCACAUCUCGGAUAAGAGAAGCUAUGAUCAAGGAAUGGAAGCAUGGUGACAUCCCACCCGCCUUGAAUCAAAAGCUAGUCAAAUCUCUAUCCCGGACUACAAGUCUUUUUGACUGUACCCGACAGUGGAACCGAGAAAUCCUGGAG